AUGCUAAACACAGAAAUUCCUAACCCUUAAAAAAUAGAAGAAGCAUUUAACAUAAUUAUGAAUUCAAAAAAUCAAUAAAUUGGAAAAGAAGCAGAUACUUAUCUAAGAAAUUUGGAAUAAAAUUAUCCAUACAUUUUACUAUCACUAUUUCAAAUCUUUGAAAACAGUUAGGUAAUACUUCUAGAUAUAAUAUUUAACAGAUAUAUCUAAAUAAAUUCUAAGCAUUGUUACUAAUAAAGAAUGUUAUUGUAAGAAAUUGGGUCAAAUUUUAAAUGAAAGAUAAUCUAAGAAUAUAAAAUAUAUCAGAAGAGUUAAAGAAUCAUGUAAAGGAUAAAAUAGUAUAAUUUUUGGGGGUUGUUUAAGAUGAUAAAUUUAAAAAAGAAAUCAAUAUAAUUAUUUCUGUAAUAGCAAAACAUGAUUUUCCAAUUAAAUUUUAAGGAUUAGUUAAUUACUUUGUUUAAGGUCUUUAAACUAUUAUAUAAAGUGGAUCCACUAAUUGUGCAUUGACUUAUGAUUUAAUUUGCUCACUAAAAGUAGUUUAAUAGAGUGUAAUAUAAAAUAGAAAUAGUAUUAAAAUUAAAAAUAUUUUAGCUGCCUAUAGAAUAUAAUAAAUGUAAUUCUCUUAAGCUAUUUGGAAUAAUCUAUUACUUCUUUGGAAGAAUAUCACUUAAAUAUAAUAGCAAGAAUUACAAUAAAAUAUAAAUAAUUAUUCUUUUGUCAAUAACAUAUCUAAAAAGUUGGAUAGACUGUUAUCAUUGUCAAUAAUGUCUUUAAAUUAAGAAUCAGACUAGUAAAUAUUUAUUUAAUAUAAAUUUAGAGAUAGAAUACAAUUAGUAUUUAUUUUAUUAUUAGAGAAAACAGCAUAUCUCCUAAAAAAUGUAUAACAACAAAAGUUAUUAUAACCAAAUCUUAAAACUUUGAUUCAUAGUUUGGGUAAUAUUCAAAAUCUUUUUCCCCUUAUUAUUCUUUAAGGGUUUCAAGAUUACUUAAUGUUAUUAAAAUUAAUAAUAUAGAAUGACUGGGAUGACAAAAGAGUUUUAAGGACUGGAUUAAUUGGAAUAAUCAAAACACUUAAAUCUUUAUUCUUUUUAAGAGAAGAACAUUUUUAUAAUAAGAAACUUUAGGAAGCUAAGAAUGAGUAGAGUAGAUAAUCAAUUUUAAUGGCAAAUUAACUCUUCAACUAGUUCUUUGUAGAAAAUAUGUAAUUUCUUAUUGAAUAAUUAAUAAAAAUUGCUUCAAUUCCAACUGAUUUAAGUGAUGAAGAGUUAAUUGAAUAAGAAGAAGAUUUAACAAUUGAUGAUGCAAAAAAUGAAAUGUAAUGUCCAAUAUUUACAAUUUGUUUAAUAUGUCAUGAUCAAUUAAUGUUAAGAUUUCCAGAGUUAUUUAUUUAAAAAAUAACCUAAAUAAUGCAAUAAUUAUUAAAUAGUAAUUUUAAUGCAAACUAAUGUAUAUUGGAGAGUUUUUUUGCUAUAUUAGGAUCAACACCAAAAAUUACUACAAAAUUGAAGUUAUAACCUAUAUAAAUUUAACCAAUUUUAUAAUAUUUAAUAUAGACAAAUACAGUUUAAAGUUAAAGAAGAUUUGCAUUCUUAUGUAGAAGUUAUAGCAAUUGUUUUACUGAUACUGAAUUACCUUAAAUUUUAGAAUAUGCUAGAUAAUUAUUAAAUAAUUCAUAAGAUUAGAUAGUUUAAUAUUAAACUUUAAUGUGUAUUAAAAAUAUCAUUACUUGUAUGGGCUAAAAUUUUGAUUUUAGAAAUAUUUAAUUUUUUGAAUAAAUUGCCCCUGUGAUUGUUAAAUUAUUAUGUAAUUUAUAAAAAUCUAAUAUAUUAUGGCCUUUGUUAUAACUAUUAGAAAAUCUAAUAUAAAAAUAUUCAGAAACUAAUGUAGAUUCUAUGUAAAUUUUAGUUAAAGUAAUUGAAAAUUCUGACAUAAUUUUAUUAAUGAAAACAAAAUCAUAAUUACUUAUAGGAGCAUUAUGUGAUAUGUUUUUUGCUUUGUUUGUUUCCUUUCCUUUAGGAUCAAAUUUAAGUCAUUUAUAUAAAUUAGCACUUGUUUUGAUAGAUACUAAUAUAGACUCAAAAGAAAAUAACAUUUUUGAACUCUUACAAUUCUUAUUAUAAGAAUAUGAACCUAUAUCUGAUAAUAAUUCUACUGGUGUUUUAUUUAGUAAUUUGUACAGUACACAUGAAAAGUUGUUUCUAGAAGAUACAGAUUUAAACCAUAUGUAAACAAUAUUAAGAGUAAUUGAAGAACUAUAUCUAUUAAAUCUUAUUUAGUUAACACCAAAUAUUUUUAAUCUUCUUUAAGAAAGAUUAUAAAUUGCUUAAUAAAUUGAUUGCCAUGAUGCUGCUUUGAUUUUAAAGAAGAGUUCUAUUAGUUUAUUAGAAGCUAUAAUUUUGAAACAAUAUGAUAGUAUAACAGUUCAAUAAUACGAAAAGAUUAUAGUAUUUUUAAUAUAAGAAUUGAUUAAAUUAAGUGGAGGUGAUUAGGUUGAUCAAAUGUAUUAUACAAUUUAGUACAAGAAUAAUAUAUUAGAAAUACUAAAUAGAUUUAUCCUCAAGGAUUUAUAGAGUAUGAUAUAAGUAUUAUAUUCUGCAUAAGUUUAAUUAGAUUAAUAUUUUACGUUAUGGUAAGAAACAGCUUAACACAUAAUAAAUAGGGGUAACAGAAAAAUUAAUUUAAUUUCUUAAUUGUUAUUCCUAAAAUAUAUUUCAAAAUCUACAUUUGAAAAAUUAUUUCAACAUGUACUUUAAGAUGCAUUUCCUGAAAUAGAUUAUGAUUUUGAGCUUAGAUCUUAAGAAUUUAGAGAAUUUCAAUAAAAAAACAAAAAAAAAUUAGCUAAUUCCAAAUAAAUUCGUCUAUCCAAAUAAUUCAGAAAUAAUUUUAGAAAGGAAAUCUUAUAAGAAAAUUGCUUAUAUGAUGAGACAUUUAAUUUUAGGUCAUACUUUUUUUAAUCUAUAUAAGUAAUUUAAUUAAUAUUUUAAUAGGAAUGCAUGAAAAUUCAUAAUUACUCUGAAUUAACUUAGAUUAUAACCAUCCCAUCAAUAAUAGAUAAACUUAAUCAAUUGUUAAAUGAAAAAUGA